AUGAUGUCCACACCUGCUUACUAUUUGAAAGUACAUGAAAGGCAUUGCCAAAUGAGACCUCUUAUUUGGGACCCUUGGUUCAAUCCAAAAGAAGAAACAUCUAGGGCAAUUGCUUGGAUUAGUUUUACAGAGCUUCCUCCCAAUUUUUUUGCUAGAGAAGCUGUAUUCUCUAUGGCCACAUCGGUUGGAAAGCCAUUGACUGUUGAUUUGGCCACAGCGAAUAGAACACGACCAAGUUGUGCAAAAGUCAAAGUAGAAGUGGACUUGUUAGCAAAUUUACCCAAGAGAAUCAACAUUGCUGAAGAAGAUGAAUCAGGCCAUGAGGAAAAUGAAUGCAGGGCACUCAAUCAAGAACUUGCCAGAAAAUUUAGAGAGGAAAUAAGGAAAGAAAAUGCAGAAGUUGUAAAUGAAGAAGUACAAAAUCGAGUAACCGAUAAAGGAAGAGGGAGAGGAUACAAUCAAGGAAAGCAGGAAUGGAUGCUGAGAAGGAAUAGAUACAAGAAGGAUAAGUUUGGUGUAAUUAUUGGAGAGGUGGAUAUAGAUGACAAAAAAGGUGAUGAGAUUAUUAUGGAGACAAGCAAUGCUUUUGAAGUGCUAAAUGAUAUUGAGGAGAACAAGCAAGAUGCUAUUUCAAACAACACAAGUAAUCAAGUGGAUAAGCAAAUGAAAGAAAUUGAAGAAACAUCAAAGAACUGGCAAAAUCAGCAGUCAGUACCAGUUCUUACCAGCAAUAAGUUUGAAACUUUAGAUGAUAGUGAUGAGCAACAGUUGGAAGGUGAAUUAUGUAUGUCACAAGCAGUGGAGCAAAGGGAGAAAUCCAAUCAGCAUAUAUUUCCAGUUACCCCCAGCAAAGAUAUUGCAAGUAGAGAUGAGAAACAGCAGGAAGAUGGUGAAUUAUCACAAUCAGUGAAAGAAAAAACUGCACAUCAAGAUGAGCCUUACAGUGCAGAUAAUUUUCAGAAUGAAGGGCAUCAAAAAGAAGUAUAUGAGGAAAGCUUCAACAACACUCAUAAAUCUGAUGCAAAGAAGGAUAGAAACAAAGCAGAUGCACAAAUUAGUGAAGAAACACAACAUAGCAGUAACACAGAAAAUAUAGUCAUGAACACACUUGAGAGAGCAUCAACACCUAGUUAUUCAUUUGAGAGUAAUGUCGUAACAUCUCAGAGAAAUACAAAGCAGCACAAGACAGGUAACAAUGAAGGUGAUAAGAUGGAGGACCAAGAAAUUGGUAAAACUAACAGGGAGAUGGUAGAGCAGAAUUUCAGGCGUGACUUUGGAAAAGUGCCUAUACAGCUUCAUGAAGUGGGGAGGAUUCAAGAGGAAAAAAGACAUUUUGAAGAAGAACAAAAAGCAUUUCAAGAACUUCAAGCAGAAUUAGAAGACAGCUCUAUGGACCAGAAUUAUGAAAAUGCUGCUAGACAAGGGGAUCUAUCACUUCAGGAGAUGGAAAAACUUAAGAAAGGCUCUAGCAAAGCAAGGAGUGCCAGAUAUAGCAGUUUACCCCCUGGGGUGACAACAAGACAUAGACAGGCUAAGCAAUCUAGUUUACAAUGA